AUCACAAUUUCCACGAUUUCGUAUGUUAAAAUUUUUCUUAUCGUUCGUCAGCAUCAACUACAAAUUCAAGCCCAACAUCAGGCUAUACAGAACCUAAGUACUGCAAAUCGUACUCUGCAUCUCAACAAAAGUGCCAUAAACACUUUUAUAUACUUCAUGUUUAUGAUUCUGUGUUAUUCUCCACUAUUCGCUUCCACGUUGAUUUUAGCUAUUUAUCAAAAACACGAAACAGAGGCAUGGAAUUUUGCAGAUACGAUUUCUUUUAUGAACUCGUGUAUAAAUCCAGUCUUGUACUGUUGGCGUCUUAGGGAGCUACGGACGGCAGUUUUGAAAAUACUGAGAAAAAUGUCGUGUAGCCAAAUCGGUGAAUCUUAA